UUAAAAGGGAUCCAACACUAUUGCAGAAUUUAGUUCACGGUCAACCAUUCCGUACAAAACAUGUUCAAAACAGUAUUUUUGCUUUUUGGCUUCGGCUGUCUUCUUGUCUGUGCACAGAAACCUGAACCAAAAGAAUAUGUAGUUAUUCAAAAGGAGGCAAAUUGGAUCGGUGCGAUCGAGUUCUGCCACAGAAUCAGGAUGCAACCGGCGGUCGUUUCCAGCGCUCAGCAACAGCGUCAAAUUGAGGAAGCCGUGGCGGCUUCACCAGAGCCAACCCCUGGCCCUCUGGGGAAAAAAACCUACUACUGGAUCGGUGCAAGUAACCUGUCCAGCAAGCGGUGGUUCAUCUGGGAACCCACGGGACAGCCGUUGACCUACGCGAAAUGGGAAGCAAAUCAGCCAAGCCCGAAAUUUAACUGCAUUGCCCUCGGAUAUAGUGCAUCAACGCUGGAGCGAGGACAGUGGUCUACUGCCGAUUGUGAUCAACAGCUGAAGCAAUUUGUCUGUGAAGCGUCACCACGCUAGAAAACUAGCCAGAACAAAUGAGUAAAUAAGCGUUACGUUCGGAAUAUUUAGUUCAAGGGUUGUGUUGAAAUUCGUCAACACAUUCUUAGUAAAAUGAAAUUGUGUAAAUACCAGACAACUUAAGAAACAAAACUUGUCUUAUUUACUGGAAAAGAAGAAUAUUCUCUAUUUUAUUAUAUUUUUAGUUGUUAUGUUAUAUUGAUACAAAAAUACCAUAAAAUAAUCAGUACCUUGAGUAAUUUUGGUCGA